CUUUAUGUGCGGUUUUUUUUUUUUUUCCGCCCUCUUUUUUUCUAAUUUCAUGAACGGAUAAUAAAAGUGCACAAGAAGUACUCCAGCAGCCAUGGAGGAGCUGAGCGCCGUGGAGGAGCAGGUCUUUGACGCUGAAUGCAUUCUCAACAAGAGAUUCCGAAAGGGGAAGUCGGAGUAUCUGGUGAAGUGGAGAGGCUGGUCCUCCAAACACAAUAGCUGGGAACCGCAAGAGAAUAUUCUUGACCCCAGACUUCUGGCUGCAUUCCACAAAAGGGAACAGGAAAAAGAAACUCAGAUCCGCAAACAAGGGAAGAGACCGAGGGGCCGACCACGCAAAAACGUGGAGCCACAGGUUCCAAAAGUUACCAAAUCAAGCAGCUCUUCUUCAUCGUCAUCAUCAUCUUCGUCCUCAUCUUCCUCCUCCUCAUCCUCCUCCUCCUCCUCUAAUGAGGACAGUGACGACGAGACCAAGGCCGGGCCCCGGGGUCACGAAUCGCACCCUGUACCGCAGAAAAAGGCCCAGAUAGUCAUUGCCAAGCCGGAACACAUAGACCCCGCCAAGAAGAAACGAGGCCGGAAAAUCAUUCGCCCCGAGCAAAAGACGAACAGCAAAAACAAAUCUCCCCGAAAGGUGCUAAAAACAGCCGGGAAAGACACUGAGCUUAAAGUCAAAGAAAAAAUAAAGAAACCCCUUCAGCCUGCUAGCUUUACCUACCCUGGGCUAAACAGGAGUACGAAAGAACUGCCAAAUGCCAACAACAUGUCUGGUUCUUUCACACCAGGAAAAGUAGCAAAAAGCUCUUUGAAUUCUGCAGUGGUUGGACCAAACCAGCCAGCAGCCCCAAAUAUUCCAUCUGUGGGCAGACCAGCUCUAAAUAAAAACACAGCAGACCUCAAACCAGGUAUUACUGUUUCAGUUUCCAAUGCAUGUAGCCCUGGGCUGGGUUUGAAAAUUAUUUCCUCAAAAUCACAGGGUGCUACUGCACUUAACCUGCAUAAUUCCAGACUCUUGACUAAUCAGGGUGCGAAUAAGACUCCUCACAGCUCUCCGAGCGAGAAAAAAACAGAAUUACCGGGGAAGACGCAAGUGCCACGGCUUCAGAACAAUGGCAACAAAUCCACUGCUGAUGUGUCUUCUCCCACUAAGAGCAACGCCAACCAGGCACUUAACCUGCAUGCUUUAAACCUGCAGAGUGUCAACAAGCUUGGGCAAAGUGUCAGUGGCAGCAAUGCUUCGGGUAACAACAUCCCGGUGUCCAGUAUAAAAAACUCAGGUAGUCCAAACAGAAAAAUCUCUGGGGGAAACACCCAACCGGGUAACAGCUUGAGGCUGAAUAUGGCUUCUUCCGCUCAUCAGAUCAACAGAAAUAGCCACCCUGGAGGGGAUCAGGGGAAGCCAGAAGAAAGCAACAAGGCUGGAGUGGCAAAACGGGGCAAGAAGACAGGGCAGACUGAGAAGGAGCCAUCACACAAUAUCCCAGCGCCGCCAACAGAAGUGCAGAACAGUAGUAAGAAGAGGCAGGAGAGCAGCACUACUUCUUCGAAAGAGAGUGGAAAGCCGGCAAUUAAAGUCUUAAGUGAAAUGAGCACGGGGGAAGAGGAGACGAGUUCAGAGUCAGACCAGGAUUCUUCCUUCUGCAGCAAUGGGCGGAACAUGACCAUCUCUGUGCAGACCAACCAGGACUGGAAACCCCCGCGCAGCCUGAUAGAGCAUGUCUUUGUCACCGACGUGACGGCUAACCUGGUGACAGUAACUGUGAAGGAGUCCCCAACCAGCGUAGGCUUCUUCAACAUCCGUCACUAUUGAACUGUGAUGCAUGCAGCAGUAGGGGGUUAGGAUAACGCAAAGGUUUGCGGAGAGGGAGAGGAGGUAGGGAAGAUAUAGCAAAAGCAAUGCAGAGAAAGGAAGUGCUUCAUGGUAGUAGCAAAAACACUCAAUAUCUAUAUCUGUAGAGUAAAACUAUGCUUGUUGGUAUCGGUGAAUUCCUAAUUCUGCUUUGCAUUUAGCAUUUAGUACUGUGAGCUUCUACAUGCUAAUCCGCUAUACGAUAAUAUUCCUCUGUCUCUUGGUGCCCCUGCAGAAACUACUUCUGAAGCUGCCAGCCCAUCUGCAUUGCCUCUGCAGGGGUGUCUGAAUUGAUCCUUAAGAGCUUCGCAAACAUUUUUAAAAAAUAAAAAAAGAACAACAAAGUACCGAAUGUGUAUGCAUUUCAAUGUAGUCCUGAAGUACUGAUUAUUAUUAUUAUUAUUAUUAUUAUUAUUAUUAUUAUUAUUAUUAUUAUUAUUAUUAUUAUUAUUAUUUUUUUUUUUUUUUUUUUUAUUCAAAGACACUCCCUAGUCCUGUACAUAAAGGUAUUGCAGGCCAUAUAAUUUGAAUGCUUUGAGGAAAAAGAGAAAUCACCUAGUUGAUGACAGACAUUAUGCAUUUCCGUGAUAGUCUAUCUGGUAAUAGUUGUUUAACAGUGCCUCCGAUCUUUGAGUACCAUUAGUCAUACAAAAUGACUACUGAUUGACUGCAUUGCAUCCAGAUGGUGUGUGGUUGAUUAUUCAAGGUCGGGUUGCAUGGAAAUGGCAUUUGGGUGACACUUGCACGUGCAGGACUGGUUAACUGAACACAUUUUGGAGAGUGAAACAUUGCUGUCGUGUGUGUUCUUCUGUGAAGUUGUACCAGCAUGUAUUAAAACCUUAUUAAGCAGGACCUGGUUCCAAUAGAAUACUUGGACCCAGUCGGCUUUCUUACUUCAAUAUAUGCAUGUGCAGAGCCAAAACAAACAUUCACCCAGGAACAAGACACUACAUCAGGCUUUCAAAGUUUACUUUAGAUUUUGCGAAUGAUCAGUUACUUUGCUUGAUUAGCCAAGAUAGUUCAUCUCCCCUCCCCCAAAUAGCACAGCAUGAUUUUUGUGACCUUUGAAUUUCCAUUGUGUCCAAUAUUUUAUGUUAAGUGUAACGCACAAAUAUGUUUUUGAAACACAAGUUUUUGGCAGCUUGUUUUUGUAUAACAAAUUGACCGUGGCAAUAAAAUACAAAGUCAAUAUUUUUAAACAGUCCGAUUCAUGUUCUAGCUCUUUCACGCACAGCCGGUAAAGGAAUACAAACAGUAUGAAUAUAGAAACUGUAAACUUGUAUAAAGUCAUUUAAACUUGUGCAGCUGUAAUGAGUGUGGUUCAGUCAUUAGUGUUCCUCCAAUAUUUUAUCUGUUACUAACUAUGUUAUUAGACUGAAAUCUAGUCUGGUUUUAUUUAUUUAAAAACACUAGAAAGGUGCUACACAUCUCUGUUUAUUUACUGCAAUGCUGUUUUAUUAGCCUUCAUAUUACUUUUAAUAA